GGCUCCGCCGGAUGUGUUCGUGUGCGUUGCUUCCUCCUUGUCAGCGCUAGCAGGAAAAGGCGCAGCUAGUAAACAGCAGAGAAAAGCCACUCGGUGGGUUUUAAAGCAAUAAAACACCGAGCUACCGGAGCUCCAGAGUUAAUGUGAGGCUGCUUGGCUCUGUGACUCUCCCUCUUACCGUCUGCGGGUGUCUCAGCGGCUGUCAGCGGCAGAGAAAGCGGAGCGUCGGGCCGGGCAGCCAGUUAGCAGCUAACCGAGCAGUAGAGCAGCUGUAGCGGACGGAGCGCAGAGAUGAUCGCGCUGAUCAACAAACUCCUGGACUGGUUCAAGGCUCUGUUCUGGAAGGAGGAGAUGGAGCUGACCCUGGUGGGGUUGCAGUACUCCGGGAAGACCACCUUUGUGAAUGUGAUAGCGUCGGGUCAGUUCAGCGAAGACAUGAUUCCUACGGUGGGCUUCAACAUGAGGAAGAUCACCAAGGGCAACGUCACCAUCAAGCUGUGGGACAUCGGCGGCCAGCCUCGCUUCAGGAGCAUGUGGGAGCGCUACUGCCGGGGCGUCAGCGCCAUCGUCUACAUGGUGGACGCAGCCGAUCCGGAGAAGAUCGAAGCCUCCAAGAACGAACUGCACAACCUGCUGGACAAACCGCAGCUGCAGGGGAUUCCUGUUCUGGUUCUGGGCAACAAGCGGGACCUGCCAGGCGCUCUGGACGAGAAGGAGCUGAUAGAGAGAAUGAACCUGUCGGCCAUCCAGGACAGAGAGAUCUGUUGCUACUCCAUUUCCUGCAAGGAGAAAGACAACAUUGACAUCACUCUGCAGUGGCUGAUCCAACACUCCCGGACCAAGAGGAGUUCCUGAGGGACCCGACCCGACCCGGACGGGCCACGCCCACCAACCCUGACUCCGCCCCUUCCCUGCCCCCUCCCUCCUGUCUCCUCAUGACCUCCGCCUCACCCUCAGCUCCAGGUGACCCCUGCCCUCCAACAGUUCAUGUUGAGGCUGCUGGUUCUAUUUCAGGAAAAUCUUUUAAAAACACUUUAAAUCCAGAACCAACGUUUUUCCCCGUAUUUCAUUUUAAUCAGAACCAGAUGAAUCCGGUUUGUCUUUAAGCGAGCUGCUGAAGCCAAACGGACCUCCUGUAAACACUUUGACCCGGUCAAAGUUGUAAACCAGAACCGUCGGCCCGGUUUGAACCUCCCUGACUUCACGUUGGCAGCCAUCUUGGAUCAGAAUCUAAAAAACCUUUUAACAACCUGAACCUGAAUCAUCCUCUCCUCCCUUACCUUCCUCCAUCUUCAUCCCUCCAUUCUCCACCUCCAUCGUCCUGAGAAGCCCGUCGUCCUCCUGACCUCCUGACCUCUUGUCCUCCUGACCUCCUGACCUCCUGACCUUUUGUCCUCCUGUCUCCUGUCUCCUCGUUUCUCCUCCUGUCCGUUUUGGUUCUGUUUCUCUGCCGUCUCUUCCUCCCGCUCAGCGAGGCGUUCAAACCUUUUUAUUAUUGCACUGUUGUUUUUGGUUUUGUAAGAUAUUAAUAAGAAGAAUAAUGUUAAUAAUCUACUGGUGCCCUAACCCUGAUGUGUGGUACUCUACCUGAAGGACAAACAUUUUGGUUUCUGUCUGGAAUUUGGUUUUUAUUCAUGUUUGUUUUAUAUUAUUGUUGUUUUUUUUAUUGUUUUAUGAAUCGUCUAACCGGAGUUCAGUGUUUCUGAUUGGACCAGCGGUGUCAUGUGAUCUCAUGAAACAUCUGCAUCAUGUUGAACUAAAUGAAGCAUUAUAAUCACAUAUUAAAUUUUUAAUUUAAACUCAAA